ACACCCGUCCUUCGUUCAAACAUGUCCUUCGUUGUAACAGUUGUUGCAAAAAGAGUUUAGUUUUCGCCUCGACAGAGACUCGUCCGAAAACAAUAAACAGCAUCAGUCAGUGCUGUAAAGAUGUCAUUCCCUUCACCUCAUGAACGCAAACUGAAAGAAGACGUGGAUGAGGAUGACCCUGUUGAUAAGAUGAUAUCCCGUACUGGCUGUGCCGAGCUGCAUUAUGCUGUCCAGGAGUGCAUGGCUGAACACCAAGAUUGGAGAGCCUGCCAAAAGCAGGUCCAGAAUUUUAAAGACUGUAUGAUGAAGUUCCAAAAUGCACGAAAAGAACAACGAGAGAAGAAAAAGUAAAGAUCCACGCCAUCUACAAGCAGUUGCCUUCCUACACACUCUCUCACACAGUUGUUUUUUAAGACCAGACUGUAGCUAACUUCAUAAUUUACAAUGAAAAUAAAAUGUAGGCGGUUACAUGACUUGGAUGUUUAGGAAGGCACUGCUUUU